AUGGCGUCCAACAAGAAGGACAUGAGACGGACCGAUCUGAUCGUGCCCUAUGCCGAACCGGCCAAGGACAAGUCAGAUGGCGAUAUGGCCAGCACCAUGGCAACGACGUUGCCAAUGGCUGCGAUAUUCACUCGCAACAAAAUGAUUGGAUGGGUUGCUGUAGUCUUUGCGCUGCAGUCGUGGCUCGCGGAGACCGCUGAGCAAAGAAAGACAGCUGCUACCCCGGCCUACUUCUCUGUAGGCAUGAGUGUCAUGUCGUUGCUUGUCGGCUACAUGCCGAUGUUUCUACCCCCAGUCGCCCCUCGAGUUGGAACAGGCUCUGGCACAGAGGCGCCGGCUGCCGCUCCCUCCUCUUGA